AUGCCUUUCACAGAGGACUGCAAGGAACGCAGCAGCACCGGGGCCGGAUUUCGGGCCGUAUCCAUAUCCCAACUGAGGAUAUCCCUGGAAACAUUGCAUAGUCCAGUUGGAGCUCAAGCUGCAGAGUACCAACGCCGGUGUGAAAGCCAACGGAAGCUUGCGCCCGAGCGCAUCCCGCUGCAUCACUGUGAUCCAAAGGUCCAUGGUCGCAUCCUCCAUGCGUAUGCAGAUGUGCUCUUCCAGCGGGCCCGUGUGGAGCUGAAGGGUGGCAGGGUUCAAUGCAUUGCUUUGGCGCAGGACGAAACACAAGUGCAGCUGCAGCAUGAUGUCCGAAAGGGCAUCGAGCUCAUCCGGGCAAGAUUUGUUCUGGCUAACUUUGAGGUCAAGCAUUUCAUGCUCGAUGUCAUAGACACAGGUGGCAGGAAGGAUGCUUUGGCAAAAUGCAAGCAGCUGCAAGAGGCGAUUUCCAGAUUCGCCGAAGGUGAUUCCGUGCUGAUCCAGGCUUUCACUGAGAAGCUGCAGGUCUUCUGUUCGGACGGGGAGGCGGCUGAGCCCCUGAGCGCUCGUUUCCUGAAGGAAGCAGCAGCGCCGAACUUGAGAUCAGUGGUUCGUUGCACAAUGCACUGCGCUCAGAAGUCCUUGGAGAACUCGAUACAUUCGUCAUCGGUUGCAACGGAGCUUCUGAACACACUUGUGUACGCCUACAGUAGUGGGCGUCAUGGUCAGGACAGUGACAUGGGCGGGCUGGCCAGGGCAAUCCGAAACUCAGAGAAGCUGAAGACUUGUUUCGAGCGACAUGUGCAGGCGGUGAAUGACGUGGACAAAAUCUUUUCAAAGGCGCAUGCAAUGAAUUUCGCGCCACAACGCUUCAACACGAUUCUCGAGAUGAUGCAGUUCGUUUCCUUGCAUGCUGGCCCACUCAUUUCUAUGCUUACAGAAGUGCAUCAUGCAGAUCCAGCCUUGCACAACUGGAGCAAGAAGAUGUUGCAGGCACUUUGCCCUGACAACCUCGUGUUAUGUGCGCUUCUUGCCGAGCUUGCAGCUUGCGCUGCAAAAUAUUGCCAUGCGUUCGACGCCGUGAAGAAGUCGCGGUACACUUCUAUGACGCAAACAGCCGCACUUCUGCUUCAGCUGAAGCAAGAACUCCACAAGCUCUUUGCAUUCCAGCAGGGCGAGUCAAUGCAAGAGCCUCUUUGCCUAGCAGACAGAUACACCGCUGGAUAUUUGCAAAGCCUUCAACGAUCCUACAACCUGCUGGUGGACCAGGCGGUAGUCAAGAACAAGAAGCUUGUUUUCUACCACCCCGGCGCCAAGAAUAGAGAUGGCCUACGGUCCAUGGUGGCCAAAGCACUGGGCACUGUUCAAGCGAUAGUAGAGAACUAUUUGGGUGCCUUGGAUGCUGAGCACGGGUUUGAGGGACUGGCCUGGUCAUUGCAACCGUUUGAUUGCGAAUCUUGGGAGCGCUCGUGCAGAGAUGAUGCGCUGUUCCCGCCUCAGAUGAUGUAG